CUGCUGGGGGCGGCUCUGGCCGCACUGCUCGCCGCCGCCCUCGUCACCGAGGUGGUGCACGCGCGCGCAGAGCGCGACCGGCUGCGCGCCGACGUCGAGGACCUGCGCCGGCGUCUGCACGACCGCGACCUCAUCGCCGAGCUGCGCGCCUUCGAGGACGCGGUUUACGAGGAAGAAGCGGCCAUGGACGAGGAAGAUGAAGACAUGGAGAGCGACGAGGACUUGCAGGACUCGUUGGAGGGCGACGACGACGGCGGGUCCGGGGCAGACGACGACGAGUCCGACGAGGAGUACGCGGACGACGACUACCUGGAGUACACGCUGCCCGCGCCCGUGGGGGCGGCCGCCGCCGAGACGCCCGACCAGCGGCUGCGCGACAAGUACGCCGACGUGCUGGCCGGCAUGGCCAGCAAGCUGCAGGAGGCAAAGCGAGCAGAAGGCAACAAAGCAAGCAACCUCAGCAGCAGCAGCAGCGAGGAAGACAGUAGCAGUAGCAGCAGCAGCAGCAGCACUGGCAGUAGCGGAGGACGAAGCCGUCGCGAGAUCUCGUCCGCCUCCGAAUCCGGAGUGCCGGUGAUCGAUGAGAGCUACGGCGCUCCCCUGCCCAGGGCGCACAACGCCACCUCGCUUCGGCUCUACGAGACGCUGGUCGGCGGAGGCGGGCCCACGCUGCCCCCGACAGACAGCCCCAUCAAGAAGCACCACAGGGUGAGCCCGCUGUGGUCGCAGCCGCCCAAGAAGUACCACGCGGAGCAGCAGCAGCAGCAGCCGCAGCAGCAGCAUGACGAGUGGCGCGGCCACCGCGGCGGCACGCCCCCGCCGGCGCCGCUCAUCACGCGCGCCUCCCGCGUCAUGGACACGGACGGCGACCGCAGCGUGCGCAUCCCCUACAGCGCGCUGCAGCACCGCCGCCACCACCACCAGCAGCAGCCGCAGCAGCAGCGGGCCGCCGACCCCGCCAGGCCCCAGGAGCUGCGCCAGCUGCCAGACAGCACAGCUCGUAAGCAGCAUAUGGCCAUCAAGCGCAAGAAGCUGCGUGCACUGAGCAAACGCAAACAUCCUGCUGCUGGAACCUCUGCCCAGCACCACUUGCGGCCCAUGCCAGCUGUACACUUCUAUGGAGACUCCUCCAACCAUACUGUUGACCAAGACCGCUACCUUGGAAAUGGACGUCUUCGACCAGAGAACAAAUUGUUUACUGACUGGACUCCGGAGGAUUGGUUCCAUAGACUUGGCAUGGAUCAACAUUUCACGUAUGAGGGUGGAGUGGUAACUGUUAGGAGAAGUGGCCUUUACUAUGUGUAUGCACAGAUCUUUUAUCUGGAUGAUAAGAGCACCAAUGGGUUCAAAGUACUUUUAGAUGGUGAACCAAAGAUGCAAUGCUCACUACACAUCCACAUAGCAGGAACAAAAUCAAAUACGUGCUUCACAGCUUCUGUGAUGUACAUUAAUGAAAAUAGUAGGCUUAGUCUGCAUGACAUUGAAGCUAACCGGUACUCAGUAUUUGACAAAUCAAAGAGUUUCUUUGGCCUUGUGAAGCUCGGAAAUGCCAGGCUGCCAUAAGGAAAGGCAACCCGUACAAAAAGUGAAAAUGGACAUUAGUGCUUCACAAGCACCAUAUCAAUAUGGACAUGCUAAGUUAUUGCCACAAUAACUGUGACACAGAUCUCUUUUACAUGUAGUAUUAAGAAGUUAAACAAUUUAUUAUGUCUGAAGUUUUAUAUCUUACUGAAAAUAUUUUUGAAAGCAAUUUUGCUUAUUAUAGGGCAGAUAAACCAUGAAAAAACCAUUGCCUUAAUAUACAUGAAACACAAAAAUCUUUUGAAAUCACUAAUCACAUGACACAUUUUAUCAAUGCAUAAUGAACAUACAGUAAAUAAAAUGUAGUAAGUGUUCCUGUUAUCAUAUGUAACAUGAAUGGAAUUCAUUAGAACUGUAAUUGUCCUAAAAUUAAUUUAUAAAUAUUUAUUCAGAAUAUCGAUUUGUUAAUAGGAGAGAUGAGUGUAAAUAUUUUAGAGAUUCUAAUUUUUUGUAGUUUUCCUAAUGUAAAUAGUGAAAAAAUUAGAUGUUUCAUUAAUUCGUAUUUGUUAUAAAUUUGUACAAAUAAUAUAGUAAUUUCUCAUGUGCAUCACAAAAAUUGCUUGAGAGAUUGUUGUGGACCACAUUUUCAUAGAUCUGCUGACAGAUUUUAUUUGUACCUUUAUUUCAAUGAUCAUUUAAAGUGAGAAUCAUUCCCGAAUUUAAUUGGUCUGCACAGUUCAUAACAUGUACAGAUAAAGUAAAAAGUCAAUUAGAAGCUGGCACAGAUAAAACAAAAGAAAAUAUUUUAUUCAAUAGGAGGGAUGGUCACUCAAACUUAAUGAUGACUUCCUAGUUUUCUAAGCUUGUAUUGCCUUUCUUACUGUUCAAUCUGCAGAAAAGUUGGAAGGGGAUGCAAAAAUGCUCAGAUCUCAAGCACAAUAGAGAUACAGGGAAAGAAAUAAUUGAUUGCAUUUUUAUAAGUUCUACUGAUCUCAGUUGUGUCUCUCUUGAGCAUUAGUCAUAAAUGAUUAUUCUGUUUUAACACUGGAGCAGAGCAUCUUUUAUUGUAAUAAUAAUAAUUAACCUCCAAGGAUGGAAUUCUUUGUCUUGGAAGUUUAAGAAAAGAGGCUCAUUGUUAAUUAUAUAUCAAUAUUUCUAUACUACUUUGUCCCCUACUUUAUCCAGGGUAUAGCAUUUGCUUUAUCUGUCUUUUUCCUUGUCAACAUUACUGUGGACCAUCUUUGUACAUAAUAUUUUUGUGACAUUUUUAUUUUUGUACUGAGAUUUGAAGACAGACCCUUACACAUCAUCAUCUGCAUAAUAAUUUAAAAUGAAAAUCAUCUUCAUUGUAAUUCAUUGAUGUCAGUUAUGUACUCAUGAGACCAUUUGGUAUGAUGUCCCUAUGUAUUAAUUAUUAAUACUCUAUGAUGUGACAUUAAUAAAACUAUUUAAUGUAACCUUAUUAAUAAGAUAUCUGAUGCAGAUGAAAUGUCAAAAUCCUGUAUUUUGAUGUUAUAAUAAAAUGAAUAAUUUAAUUUCAUAA